AGCUGGGGGUGGAGGAGAUGCACUUUGCCCUAAUGCAUGUGUGUGCAAAUGUCCAUGCAAAUGAGCCAGACCGUCAGUUCACAGCUAUUUUGAAAACCUUCUUCAUUACACGACGAUCUGGACUGUAGUCUUCAAUGAAGGCUAUAUCCAGGAAAACUAAUAAAUAAAAACAAACCCAAAUUUCUGCUAAUGUCAGUUGUUCCUCCGUCCCAGUAGAGGGCCAGUGAACCACAGUACGCUGGACGAGCAUGGAAAAAAGAAUGGGAAAUUAUUUUUCUCUAAUCUCAUGCGAGACAGUGUGGAGAUCGAAUUACACAUCCUGCCGGUGACUGGGGGGAGGGAGUGUUUGAGUCACAGGGGUGUGGAAACAGUGCAUUUGCUGCGUUCAGACUAUUGCCAGCACAGCUAGACUUGCAAUAGAGAAAACUCUCACGUAAGUUUUACUCGGACAAUGUGAGGAAAAUGAGUGAGACGAGCUCUGACUGGGUGGAGAUCCUCGAGCCUCGCUCCCGCGAGCGCAUGUUUGUCAACCUGCUGACAGGGGAGUGUGGCUGGGAACCCCCCGCCAACGCCACUGUGCGUCAGUCCGACGGCAGCCAGUGGUGGGAGCUGUUUGACCAAAACAACAACCGUUUCUACUACUACAACUCUGCCACGAGGCAGACCGUGUGGCACCGGCCCCAGAACUGUGACGUGGUGCCCCUGGCGCAGCUGCAGGCCAUGAAGCGCAGUUCCGAGUCGGGGCUCGGGCGCCACAGUGCGCACAGGGGCAGCGGCACCAGCAGCGAGGGCCGACGCACCCCCAUGCACGGACCCAGCAUUGCUGCCCCCCCAGCACCCCUGGAGUGGGACUCCACAGGCAGAGAGACCCCCGCCAAGGGCAGAGGAGACAGCCUGGACAGCAGGAAAGAUCACGGGAGGGACUCCCCUCAGAGAUGGCAGCCGACCCCUGGUUCGAAAGCAACUAUGCUGGUGAAAGUGAACAACAUCGGCAGGAACCAGACAGCAGGCUCCGGCAACAUACUGCAGUACCACCACCACAACAACAACAACAAUCCAGUGAGCUCCCAACCCAGCAAACCCACAGGGGGGUAUAUUCCCCCCCCCACGCAGGCUGACAAAACCCAGCUGCCCAGCAAGGUGCCAGCCUCCCCUGGCGACUCCAAGCAGGCCAUGCAGAUCAAAAAGACUGACAAAAGCAGCUUCUGCUUGGUAAUGUCCAACAACAACUCUUCCGCCGUGACCUAUGAUACACCUCAGAGGUCUCAGGCAGGAGGGUCGCGACCCGGGUCCCCCAAAUACGCCUCCACAGCACCCAUCUAUGACGAACCGCCGCUGGAGUCCCCCAUCUACGAUGAGCCGCCCAUGGAAAUGGAGGUGGAGGCUGCACACCUCCAAAACGGGCCUUCUGCCCAGCACUACACCCCCACCCACAGCCUGCAGAAGCAGCAGCAGCAACAAGCCAAGCUGCUUCAGCACCCGUCUGUGCAACAGCAGUCCAAGCACAAGAGGAACCCCUCGGCAACGGAAUACAGCCCUGCAGGCAGAGAGUGCAUCAAACACAUGGUCAACGUUGAGUCUUCCUCCAAACAGGCUCAGCAGCCAUCAUCCCCAAGCCCCGCUGGGACCUCCGACAGCCUGACCUCUGCGAAGGCAGCCCAGCAGCAAAAAGACAUCUCUGAGAAGAAGCAGUCCUGGAGAAUCUUGGAGGCCAACGUGUUGAAGAGCAUCGAGGCGCGCCACAGCCGGCAGAACAGCCUAGCGUCCCAGGAGUACCCCACCGUCGCCACAGUGAACUAUCAGGACUCGGGCUACUCCACCGGGCCCUCGCCCAGCCUGCGGAGGAAGAACCGGAGGAGACAGAUGGUAGGAGGCGGGCAGGGUCGACCUGGCUCGGUGGGAAGCAACGGGGAGCUCAGCGUCCUCAAUGAAAAGCUCAUGGCAGAGAUGCGGGCGGUGGUGGGCCGGUCGGGUACCACUCGGGGCAGCAAGGCCAGCCUGGACACGGAAAUGUCAGAGAAUUCCAUCCCCCGCGACGCCAGCCAUGCCCGCUCCCCAUUGGACUCUCUGAAGAAGUACAGCGGGUGCGUUGGGUCCAGAGACGACAUCACAGCCAGCAACCGCUCCCUGUACCGACCUGGCCAAGACGCCAGGGCCAGCUGCCACAGCGACACCUCCGCCCCCACGCCACAGACGGAGGGGCAGCUCCGGCAGAAACGGACUUACGAGAAAGUCGACUCCCUGGAGAAGAGCAUCACCAGUCAGAUCAGCCUGUCCUCCCCUGAACCAACCAGAUCUCCAUCGCAGGCAGGAACGCUGGAAUCCAACUCAAAACUGGAGAACGGCCAGAAGGGUAGCGGCACGCUGGGCUCCGCUGUGGUGGGUUACCAGUUCCCUUACGCCACACUGCGCAAACCUCCGGCCGAGGCCAGCAUGGCAGACUGGGCCUCCAAGAACCUCAACAUGCACACACAGGGCAUCUUCCGGCGGAGGGUGUCCAUCGCCAACAUGCUCUCCUGGAACCGGGGCUCCAUCAAGAAGCCCAUGCUGAUCACCAGCGACAGGACUGUGAAGAAGGAGGCCUGCGAGAUGUUCAAGCUGGUGCAGGUCUACAUGGGAGACCGGCAGGCUCGGCUGGAGCGGCCCCACGUGGCCCUCGUCAUCGUCACCAAGUGCUGGAGCAUGCAGGCCCUGAGGGACGAGCUCUACAUUCAGCUGGUCAGGCAGACCACGGACAAUCUGUGCCUCCACAGCAUGGCAGCCGGCUGGGAGCUCCUGGCUAUCAGCCUGGCCUUCUUCUCACCUUCACCCAAGUUCCGCCGCUACCUGGAGGGCUAUAUCCAGAGGCACCUUGACCCGGCAUACGAUAAGAAAAUUACCCAGAGUAUCAAGGACCAGUUGGAAUCAAAAAACAAGAAGAACUCAAAAUCAAGAAAAAAGAGAAAACAGAACACGGAAGAAGAGGGUUUGCCGAUCAGCACCUAUGCACAAUACUGCUACCGCAAACUGCAGAAAGUGGCUGUCACAGGAGGCAAAAAGGGUCUGCGGAAGCCCACCAUCGAGGAGAUCAACCACGCCAAGAACGCCAUCGUGACGCCCUCGCUGUUCGGCAGCGCUCUGGAGGAGAUCAUGCAGCGGCAGCACCAGCUCUUCCCCGACCGCAAGCUGCCCUGGGCACAGAUCCAGCUCUCCCAGUAUGUGCUGGCGCUUGGGGGAGCCCAGACUGAGGGCAUCUUCAGAGUGCCUGGUGAUAUCGAUGAGGUCAACGCACUGAAGCUACUAGUGGAUCAGUGGAAAAUCCCAGACGAUCUUUCUGAUCCUACCGUCCCAGCCUCCCUGCUGAAGCUGUGGUACAGAGAGCUGGAGGAGCCGCUCAUCCCACAGAGCUUCUACCAGCAGUGUAUCAACAACUACGAGAACCCCGAGGCUGCCAUCGCCGUGGUGCACUUCCUGCCCGAGCUCAACCGCCUGGUCCUGUGUUACCUCAUCCACUUCCUGCAGGUUUUCGCGCAGCCGGUGAACGUGAGCAAAACCAAGAUGGACGUCAAUAACUUGGCAAUGGUGAUGGCACCCAACUGUCUGCGGUGCCAGUCGGACGAUCCCCGCAUCAUCUUCGAGAACACGCGCAAGGAGAUGUCGUUCCUGCGCAUGCUGAUCGUGCACCUAGACACCAGUUUCAUCGAAGGGAUUGUGUGAACACUGCCUCUGGCACGCUUCUUGACGUCUGUCAAUAUUACCUUUUUUGUUCGUUUUAAUUUUGUUUCUGUUUUUUUUUAUUUUUGAAUCUUCUGUAUGACAACUGAUUUGCUCCUGUUUUUUUCUUUCUUUUAUUUAAUUUUUAAAGUUCCUUUUAUUUAAUUCUGGUUAAACUCAGUACUACUGGCAACUGGGCUCGUGAUGCCUUCAAAUACAACUUGCUUCUUUGUGGACUGGUCCAACUGACUAAAAUGAGAACAGAAAACUAGAUCCACCAGGAUCCUGCUUCUUUCACCAAAAAAAAUAUGGACACUGCCUGCUCGGAUUUUUACUUGGUCUUUCUCUUCAGGGUCAUUUGUGAACAGUUAUUUAUUUUGUUUGCUAUCCUAUUAUUUUAAUGUCACCCGUUGCUAGGACGAUGCCAUGUCCAAUUAGCUGUGAGUUAUCAGUGCAUAGAUGUGGUAUAUUAGCUAAAAAGCAUUGUGUCUCAACUGCAGUUCCUGGUGCUUGUAAAUAGUCCUUGUUUAUGUUUUCACCAGGACCUCAAUAAGCCAUUUUAUAUGUGCAAUUCACUGCCUUUGACAACAGAUUGGGGUCUGUUUUAAUGAUCUAAAGAGUGGUGAACCUGCAUUAAACCAGCUCUGUGGACCUCUAUCCAUGUAUUUCUUGUUGUAUUUAGCGAUGUUAACAAGAGGGUCAUGCAGUUUCCCAGCUGGGAUGGUGAAGCACCACACCAGGGUUAAUAUAGUGAAAGCAUGGUGCUUUUGUGAUGUUUUAGAUCAUUAAAACAACCCCUCUUCUCUUAUGGAUGGUAAAGUAAAUCCCCAGUACAGCUGCGGGGUGGGAGUGUUGAUUUCUGAAGCAAACACAGCAGUAUACAAAGCUGCCGAUUUUUGGCAAGCAGCCUUCACUGUGCGUCUGCAAUAAAGGUCAUUCCAGUCCAGGUGUACUGUUCGAGCGGUGUUUUAUUAGACAAUCAUUCAAGUCCUGAAAUGUGUUCUUUUUGUGGAGUUCGUUGUUGGGUAGAAUGUUGCGUGACAGCCCCUAGUCUACCCAUUGUGCGAGGCCUAUCUGUACACAAUGAUCUGAUCAUGAAACGCAAUCGUUCAUCUUAAAGAUGGUAGAGCAUUGCCACCAUAUUAGUUAAAAGAAAAAAAAAAUGAAGUUGUAGGUUGAGUAUGCAGUUUCUAAAGAGACUUUCUUUUGUAUGUUUUAAAAACAUAUUGCAUUCAGAGCGACAACUGAGCAGAAAUGUAAUCUAAGCCUAAAAAAAAAAACUACAACAAAAUAUGUAAAUUUCACAGCGGUUAGAUUUUAUGAUUUAAAAUAAAUAACUACGCUAAAACUAUUCUCUAUUCUAAUAAUUUGUAUGGGGGGAACCCAUGAAAUAUAGGGUUGCUUUAACCAAUAAUACAUAAGUAAUAAUAAUAAUAAAGAUUUCACAUUUCAAUUGCCUCAUUUCAUGCAGAAUUGACUGGUUUUCCACAAUGGCAUCUUAUUUAUAGAUGUGGUUUUCAGUUUGUACGAAUGGCUUCAGAUGUUUUUGCUUUCUGUCCUGCCAGUGAAGUGUGGUAAACCGUGGAUGGAAGACCAUGCUUUCUGCAGUCAAGGGGUUAUUUGUUUUUUUUAUGGACUAGCUUGUGGCUGCCUCUCGGGCUAAAACCAUAUUUAUUUUUGCAGUCAUUACAGUUCCACAGUGUACCAUUUUUUUUUUUAGUUCUUUGGAAACUAAACCGAAUUUGCCUGCUUGUGAAAUUUAAAGGGUGUGUUUCAAACCCCCAAAAAUCUCUGUGAGGUUAGUUUGUUUGGGUUAACCCUUUGCAAGCAGCAGCCAUGUUCUGGCUGUUGUAAAAGUAACAUGCUCGACAUGUGGAAAUGCCCUACUUGUCCAGCUCCUUACAAAGAGGACGGGCUGUGAGUUAUUCGGAAGAGGUAAUACCUCGAUGACCACUCCAAUUACCACUUAACUACUUAAAUAUCCCUUUACAGGGGUAUAGAUGUUACAUGUCUGAAGAACAAUGCAAAAAUAAUCUACCUUGAAUCACAUCUUGUUUCAUUAAACAGUACCCAUUUGGAUUCGAAAACUAAUUAAAAAUAAGUAAAUAAUUGAAUUCUGGAUAGUGGCAGUACAUGAGCAACGAUAGAAAUAUGCAAGGAAAGUACUUGCAAAGUGAAUGCUGGAGCAGUAGCUAUAGCUGUACACCACCUCAGUCGAACAAUUAAAACAAGGCCUUCGGUUGACCCAGAUUUUGGAGCAUUGACAUGUAGGGAACUGUGCUUUCUCUGUUAACAGACAGUAUAUGCAGGAAUAGAGCAGAUAACUGCAUACUAUACUAUGAUGGAACUUGUAUGUGUAAAUAAAUGGACAGCUUCAAUAUUUUUUAAAUCUGUAAUUGAGUAGACCUGGUCAGAUAGUUUGGCAUGCUCUUUGGAGCUGUUCGGGCUGGUAUAACAAGUGUUAGGGCAAUCUCGCUGCUCCGGUAGGCAAAGUGUUUUUCUAACCAUUAUCUCAAGUUUGUUUGAAUUGCAUAAUUGUUUAACCUUUGAAUGCUGCAGGCAGUGGGGCAGACUGGUUAGAACAGCUGGAAGUUGCUCAGAAACAACAAGCGUGUUACAUUUCCCUGAACGCAGCUGUGUGGCACAAACACAUUGAAGAUUAACAAUGUCUCGGGGAGGGGGUCCAGAAUUACAGAACACACUGUAUGCAUAGCACAUGUGAAUAGUAAUGUCUUAAUGACUGUACUUCGGAGUGAUAUGGAAUGAAGAAAAAUAAUAUUUCUGUUGGGGGGGUGGGGGGGGAAGGAAGCUGUUUCUCUUUGUACCAGUAUUUGUUUUGCCAUAGACUGCCUGUUGUGUUUCACAAUAAUGCAACCACUUUUUCUUUUUGUACAUUUUUCUUUGUAACUGUGAACUGUAACACUGUAACUGUAAAGCAUACAGUUUCCCAAGUGGCAGGUCAUUCCUUUGCACUUAGCUUCUGUUCUUUUUUUUUUUUUUUUUUUUGCUGUUUUUAUUUACGGAUGCUGUUUGUUUGCCCUUGCUGUAAAUGAUGCUGAGAUUCUGCAGAUGUGUGUGAGGAGAUCAAAGUGAAAGUUGGUAUAAUGUUGACUCUUCAUUUCUGUAAUUUUCAUAAAUAAUAAUAAAAAAAAAGUGUAAAGUUCAA